UUUUUUUUCCACCCAUCCUCCCAUCGCUCACUCACUCACUCCGUUUCAUCCAGGGUGACGCCAGUCCCUCUCACCCCGCCCCGUUCAACUCAGUCCGCUGCGUUCAUUUCAUUCCUGCUCCCAUUCCGCGCAUAUUUCGCAUCCUUGGAGAGACGCUGCGCAUUUUACGCACUCAGCGCGCCCCGAUCCUUCGUCAAGGCGAAGCCGAGGGCGGACUCCGGAGUUGGCCGAGAGCUUCCCGGUUCCGCGGCGGCUCCGAUCCGUUGGGAAAGUGUGGGAAUUAAAGGAGAAAAGCGGCGUUUGGAUCGAGGUUCUGAUGCUGGGUUCUGCUUCUGCACCGACUUUUUUUUCUCCCACUCCUGGCUGCCAUUAAGAGAUAUCUACACCGAGACAAUAAAAAGCCUUGAGCAUAGCUUUUUAAUUUUAAUCUUUACUAGUUAAUUUCCACUAUUUUUAUAUAUACAUAUAUAUUUUAAAUCAAAACACCACCAUCAGCUAAGCGCCGUUAGCUGCCAGUAUGGAGCGCAGCAGCUGGAGUGGCAGUGAGAGUCCCGGUGAGGACAUGGACAGACUCAGUGAUUCGGGAGGGGACAAGACAAUGGAUGGGGACCCUGAGGGGGUCUGGAGCCCAGACAUCGAGCAGAGCUUCCAGGAGGCCCUUGCUAUAUAUCCGCCCUGUGGGAGGAGGAAGAUUAUACUGUCAGAUGAAGGGAAGAUGUACGGGCGAAACGAGCUGAUAGCCAGAUAUAUCAAACUCCGAACAGGCAAGACGCGGACAAGGAAGCAGGUAUCCAGUCACAUCCAGGUCCUGGCCAGAAGAAAAUCCAGGGAAUUUCAGUCCAAACUAAAGGACCAGAAUGCCAAGGAGAAAGCUCUGCAAAGCAUCUCGUCCAUGUCCUCGGCUCAGAUCGUCUCUGCCACCGCCAUACACAGCAAGCUGCUGCCUGGAAUAGUGCGAGCCAGCUUCCCCGGCAACGCUCAGCUGUGGCAGGGGAUGAUUCCAGGAGGGCAGUCCAGCUCCACCACAGAAGACAUCAAGCCGUUCUCCCAGCAGGCCUACCCUGUGCAGACAGCAGGGACCACCACAAUCGCAGCCUACGAGCCUGCUGCUGCAGCCCAAAUACACAGAGAGCCUGCAUGGCAGGGGCGAUCCAUCGGCACCACCAAACUACGACUGGUGGAGUUUUCAUCUUUCUUAGAGACACAGAGGGAUCAGGAAGCCUACAACAAGCACCUGUUUGUGCACAUCAGCCAGAGCAACCCGAGCUACAGCGACCCGCUGCUGGAGUGUGUGGACAUCAGGCAAAUCUAUGACAAGUUCCCCGAGAAGAAGGGAGGUCUUAAGGAGCUUUUCAGCAAGGGCCCACAGAACGCAUUCUACCUGAUCAAGUUCUGGGCGGAUCUUAAUUACAGCGUGCAGGACGACUCUGCAGCCUUCUAUGGUGUGACCAGCCAGUAUGAGAGCUCAGAGAGCAUGACCAUCAGCUGCUCCACAAAGGUCUGCUCCUUCGGCAAGCAGGUGGUCGAGAAAGUGGAGACGGAGUAUGCCACGUUUGAAAACGGACGGUUUGUCUACAGAAUCAGUCGCUCUCCCAUGUGUGAAUACAUGAUCAACUUCAUCCACAAGCUGAAGCACCUGCCAGAGAAAUACAUGAUGAACAGCGUGCUGGAGAACUUCACAAUUCUGCUGGUGGUGAGCAACAAAGAAACUCGGGAAACCCUGCUGUGCAUGGCGUGUGUGUUUGAGGUGUCGAACAACGACCACGGAGCACAGCACCACAUCUAUCGACUUGUCAAGGAAUAACACACUCCACCUCGUUAAAAGAUGCACAUCUAUGGCCUUUGCUUGGUGAUUAUUCACGGUGACGCUGAAGGGAGGAAUAUAGACCCCUUAAAAAAACAAAAAACUACCAAAAUAUCAGUUCACCAAAAAAAAUAUAAAAUAAAAUAAAAUAAAAAAUGUAAUCAGUCAAGAAUAAAAAUGGCUACAUUGUCACUGCCACUUUAUAAGCUAGCCAUCAACGAAGGCAGUGACAGUGUAGCCAUGACACCCUGUGAGAAUCAACACGGUUGGUUUUUCCCAAGAACUCCCUGGGAUGAGGACCAGUCGUCAUCUCUCCCACUAAUUAAAUUUUCUGAGCACAUCAGAACUUUACGGCCGUGAACAUGGGAAUAUAAGUGGGAUUCGAGUUAAGAGCCUUUGGGAAAAGCUAGAGAAAGACGAAAGAAAGAAAGAAAGAAAAAAAGAAUUAAUUUUCGCCCCCUGGUGGAGAAAAAUCCCUCCUCAGCCAAGACGUACUGAAGGUCAGACCCUGUGUAUCAUCAAUAACCUGUUGGAGAAAAGGACAUUUCGGUAUAGUAGACUGUAGAUCUGGAUGUGUACAGAUAGACUCUGUGGGUUGUUGAGCUCUUGCACAAAUGAAGAGGUUUGUCCCAAAGAAAAAGUAUGAAGUUUUUACCUUUUUGUAUGUUUUCCUUAAAACACACACACACACGCACACACACAAAACAUUUUAAACUUUGGGAUCUUGUUUAUUGAUUGUAGCAUAUAGAUUAUAUUUCAAUUCCCUGAUUGUUAUCAAAAAUUUACAAAAGCAUAAUGGGGGAAAAAACAAGAAGAAAUUCAGGAAUCUUUUUGUGCAGCAGGUGACUCUUCAUCAAGCCCUUUAGAUUUUAAUCCAGGUCUAACUGAAUCCAGCACAGAAAGACCGAGACAAAGGAUUAUAGACGUGAUCCAACUCACCAAGAUCAUAGUUGAUCAUAUUGUUUGGAUUUCUUGGAAAAUCACUGUGAUUCUUUUUUUUCUUUUUACUACAUAAUUUGUCCAGCUGUUAGAUAGGCUUUAGUUUAACUCUCGUUUUAACAUAUGCUCCUUAUUUCAGUAUUUGUACCAGCAAAGUAGAGCCUUAAUGUCCAUACUGCCAAAACCUGAGAUACUUUUCCACACACAUUACAACUGAACUGACCACCCUGACUCGAAGCCUUAGAACCUCCUGUGUCAGGAUUAUAGAUCACACCCUUUCCCUCUUUCAUGAAUCCGAAACCAAAAAAAACGCUGAUGAUGAUGAUGAUGAUGAUGAUGAUGAUGAUGAUGAUGAUGAUGAUGAUGAUGGAGUAUACUGUAGCAGGUGUGGUCUGACAGCUCGUCUGCGUCAUGCUCAGCAGCGUGAAGUGCCUUUGGCUGGAGACGGCAGUAAACUUUUCUGUUCUGAUUCACUGAUGGUUCCAUGUUUUAGAGGAAGCUCUGUAGACGUAAAUAAACUGUAAGUUUGGACCUUAGCUUUUCUGGUGGCUGCACAGCCACCAGAAAAGCAAAUAUCUGAAGUCCGAUAUUUCUUUCUUUCUUUUCUUUUUUGUUGACAGUCAGCACUGGAUCCUCCUGGAUGAUCUGUUUAAUUUCACGACGAUACCAGUGGAAUAUAUUCUUAUUCUUUUGGUAUUUAAUGGCAGCGUUUGCUUGUAUUUGUCUUUGUGCUUCACAUGUGACUGCUUCAUGUAAGAAGAGCUAGCACACUCAAUCUCUAAUAGUCUGGUGCCUCAUUCGAAUGAAAUAUUUUUUAGGAGAAAAAUAGUUAAACAGAGACCAAUUUGAACAUGAAUCUUUAAUGUUGGAUUGUUUGUUCAGUUAUCUACAGUGGUCUAUUCAGGCAUUGGGACGGUGUGAUAACCUCUAGGGAAAGUACCAGUUUCACUAUAAUAAAUUUUAUUAUUAUUUUUAUUUAAAACUAAAGAGCAACAAUUAUUCCCUCUGCAGCUGGAAUACAAUAAUAUGCAGUGGAUCUCAAAUGUGUAAACAUCCCUAUUAAAAAAAAUUAUGAUGCAUAUUUUUAUAGCAAUUUCUGUAGAUAAUCUAACACCUAACCUUACAAUUCAACUGAAAAUAUAACUGAGCUGUUAACCUUGCUGCAUACGUUUGCACACCCUAAACUAACAUUGUUAGGGUGAAUUAAACUUCAGCAUUUGGAUUUCUUUGGUAGGAGUCCCACAUAAUGACUUAAGAAUAUCUGCCCACUCCACUGUGCAUAAGACUGAUUUAUCUUUUAACUCUAGCUGGCAUUUUCAUAUAGCAAAUGUUGAGCAUAACCUGAUGGGUUUCCAAAAACCCAAGUCCAAUCUGAAGACAACCAAUCCCUUAUCAUUUUAUUGCCAAUAUCAUGUUUCAUUAUAAUUCAUGUGUGAUUUGGUAAUUGUUAUUUUUGUGAUAAUGAGAAUGAUUUGUUUGAUCGUUCUCCUUUUAACUGGACUUGGACUACUUUGGAUUACAGAUCUUCUGUCCAGCAUCCUGUUUUGUAGUACAAACCUACAAAACAGGAUGGGCAUUAGCCCAAUACAGAUGAUUAUUUAUGUCUUGUAAUGCUUCUGUUUUCCCAUGUUGUAAUUGAAUUUUAUUGAAGGUAUGAGUCUCCUGACUCAUACCUUCAUACAAUGACAGAAUUGUGUUCAGUUGUAGGCUCUCCACAAACUACGGCUUUAGCUAAAGAAUAGAGAUGCCAGAAAAUCACAAAGUGAAGGGAGGCGUGAAGUUAAACACACUGAACACUGGAACUGAAUCAAAAAGGUCACCCAAGUCUGCAAAGCAUAAUUUUAUAACCAUUUGUUUUUGCAUUUUUCUCACAUCUUGUGCAGAAUAAACUUCAGGUUAGAUCUGGAAAAGGUUUUGAAAGGAUUUAUCAAUUCCUUUAACAUCUCAAAAUGCCUUGCGUUGCACUUUCGAAAACCCUUUUGACCAUUAGUGUGCAGCAACAAGUGGGAGAGGAGAAGUCAAAACUCACCGUUAUGCUUCACUCAUCAUCUGAUCACCUUCACUCUCUUUCUGGCAUCUUAUUAAAGAUUUAAAAUCUAGCAACUGUAUGAUGGAAAAUUUUGGCAUUUUUUUUAAAACUAACAAUUUAAAAUAUUUUUAUAUUUUUACGCAGGAAAACAACCCAUACCUGCUCAGGCCAGGGCACUUUCGAAGGUUUAAAGUCUAAAAGACAUCGUAGUUGGGCACAAACACUAAACUACAGCCAUUCUAAGUAUCAUAAAAAUGCCAGAUUCUUUAAACUGUGCAAAAAAUUUUGUUUGGAUCGGAAUGAAACUGUAGUUCAAAUUAAAACACGAGGAUCUCGAAAGAAAAGCUAAAAAGACAAUUAAAUAAAUAAUACAUCCAGUGGCAACAGAGUAAAUUAUGUCCCACCAAAAGGAAAAACCGCUCAGAGAACCAAAACCUUUUUAUACAGCAAAAAAUUAAAAAAUGUAGAAAUUCAAAAUAUUAAAUAAAGAUUUUAUGAACCAAAUUAUUUUAUAGGCUAUGGUAAAUAAAAAUGAAAUAAAAAUAAAAAAGGGCAUAAGGCAGAAAUCCCCAAUCCCCUGAUGAGCCAUUGCCAAAUUUGUCCAUAGCAGUAUAAGAUGGAGAUUUUUUAUUCAUGCUGCUUUGAAUAAAAGAAAGUAUGUCCAGAAGCACAGGAAACGUGGGCUUUAAUCUCCACUGUGCACUUAUAACAGACUUUAACUAUAAUUUAGCUAAAUUUUCUUUCACAAACAUCCUGCACGGAAAUAAUUAUAUACAUUUAAUAAAUUGUUUGCUUAUUUCAUAGGAACCAACUCCUAUUGUAGCUGCGUAUGAGCGUAUGAUUCUUCUGAUACCAUGAGUUAUCUCAGGUCAUGCAAGCAGUGAAAUUUUCUUGAGGUAUCUGAAUAGUUUCAGUGGAAGCUGCGUCAGUCACUCACAAGUGUUAAAGUUCCUCACAAACUUAGCAAAUGUGCUUUUUUUUUUUUUUUUUUUUUUUUUUUUUUUUACCAAUUUGAAAACAUUU